CAUAUGUUCCUGCAUUCUGUGCAUGCAGUUUUUGAAAUUUCAUUGACGUGGGUCUUAGUAGUGGGUGGUGGUGGUGGUAGUAACGGGUGCAGAAAUGUCGCCGAAUCCUGGAAUGACCUGGAUACAUUAUUAUGCAUAGAGACAAAAGCAAUGGCCAUAGCAAAAAAAAAAAAAAAAAUAGUACGUUCACUUUAUGAAGUCAUCAUCGAAUCGUGACUAUAGGCUAAACCCGAACGUUGCACCUUAUUUUUGAAUGAGUGGCAGGGUCCUCGUGACGCCAUCAGCCAAUGAGCCGCACCUGCAGCCGUCUGCAGCAACAAGAGGUGCCCACGCGCCAGCCCCCCACAGCCACAAGCAGGCGCACGCCCACAUCACACCACGUCACGUCACGCCUGAGCUUUCAAGCGGACGAUGGCCUUCAAAGACGGCAACGGCGUGGCCGUGGAAAGACGCGUGGAUCUGGCGUCCCUCUUCUGCAUGAUCGGCCGACACGGCCCCGCGGUGACUCUGGCCCUGUUCGCCAUGGUGUCCGUGCUGGCGGGUCUGGUUAUCUACCGAACCGUGACGGGGAGGAGGAGAAGGAGGAAGAAGGAGGCCAGCGACCGAGCAGAGGGAAGGAGCCCCCCGGCGGAAAGCGACGAGGGGGCUCCUCAAGCCGGGCGAGAACCGCAAGCGUGCGGGGCUUCAACAGAUGUUGAUGUGAUCAAAGAGGAUGAUGAUGAUCCCGCUGGGACUGUCCUCAAAGUAAGACAUCGUGCAACUGCAGCUCCUGAGAAAAGUCCGUUAAUCUGGGCAUCUGACGUCCAAGAACCGUUGGACCAACAUGCAACAUCGCCACUUACGCAGCAAGUGGAGUCUGUGCCGUCGUCGUUCAGAGAAGCCAAAGUGUACUUGGAGGAGCCCAGUCAGUCUCUCCAAAGCAUUGGGGCAGAAAUACAAGAGGAGCCUACUACUGAUUGCCACCUAUAUUCAACAGAUGACUCAUUCAGGGAUGAAAGGAUUUCAGAAGGCAGCCUGAAGGAGCCGGAGUCCAUUCGGGAUCAGAUCUACCAUGAAGAAGUAUACAAUGCCGAAAUCCAAGUAGACAAGGUUGUGACCACAGAAGAAUUUAAUUCCGACAACAAGAAAGCCAGACAAGAAGAGGAAACUUCUAAGACUUUGUCAAGUAACAAAGUGUGCUUUGAGAAAACCCAUCCCAUCAGAGAUGUGGCUUAUGAGAAACAAGAUGACAAAAUUGCAGCGGAAAGUAGAACAGUUGAGCUCAAUAUAGAAGGACAUGUAAUAUCAGACAAGAGCCGAAAGGAUGACUUUGAGGAAGUGAUUCAACACCAAGACAGUGCCGACGAGUAUGCAUAUUCAUCUGAUUGCUUUGCUACAGAAGAGGAAAAGAAACAUGCAGUCAUCAAUGAAGAGCAGGAGACAGAGGAUGACCGCAACAGUACUCAGUCACCACCAUUGGAUAAUUCAGAAAUCCAGGUUGAAUGUGAAGAGGAACACAGCCUGACAAGCAACCAAGAGAUGGACCUCCUUUCUCAUGAGUGUGAGCUAGUAGAGGGCUGCAAUAUUGUUAGCAGCAUGGAAGAUGUCAGUUCAAGUAUCCCACCUUUGGUUGAUAAUGACAUCCUCGGCAUCGCCUCUGAAGAAACCCCCCAAAUUAACUCAGUUUCAGACAUAACUAAUGAUCAACAAGCACAGAAAGAAGUUCCGACAGUGGAGGAUGAACCUCCAAUGCCAUCAGAUGACACUGAAAACCUCUCAGAAAUGAUUCAAAAAACGACAGUUACUACACAAGAUGAGGUGCCCGUUGAACUCCACACUUUGUCUUCUGAAGAGCAACAAAAUGUUCAAGAACUUGACCGCAAUGCUUUGAAAACUACAAGCAUUGCUUUUCUUCCUGACCUAACAUGUGACAUUGAAGCAUCCAUCUACAAAAACCACUAUGGUGACAACACAGAGAACUCUACAGUUUUCGAACAACCCAGAUUCGACUCUCUAGGUGACACAGAUGCCAGCGAUAACAACUUUCAUGAGGACAUUGCAUCUUCCUCUCAAGACCAAGAAAAUUAUCACAAAGCUGACGAUUUUUCUUUUAUCGUCGCUGCUCCUGUCGUGAGCGAAGAUACAAUGACCCCACCCAAGCUUCAAAUUACCCUACCGCUCUUUGAGCCGAGCGAGCGGACGGAUAACAACAUAUGUGGUGGGGGAGAAGAAAGCGGCAUUUCCAGCAUGGCCGUCAGUCCUGAGUUGCUUGAUCCUGGGAUUAACUUUGACACCAAUGGGAUACCAGCGAAAGUUCACGAGUCAAAAGCUGAGGCGAAGCUGGAGCCUCAAACUUGCCUUUUUGUUGACGAUGCAACUCUAUCAGCUUUAGAGGACGACGCCAUGGUGCAUGAACGUCAUCCAGUUCCAUUGCCAGAGCAGCCCUGCAGUCAGAUCAUAGACUCUGCUUAUGAUGAGUCAUCAGGAGCAAAGGAGGGCAUGUUUGCCCAUGUUAUUGAAGACAAAAAAAGAGAGAGAGACCUGUUUACAGUACCGGUCCGAAGUGAUGAUUUGGAAAGACGGGCAGACAUGAAAGUUGCUGUGGUUUCAGGUGUUAAGAAAUUAGAAUCUGUAGAAAACAAAGAGCCAAAGAUGGAAAAAGAUGACUGUGCCAAGACUGAAAUAAAUAUCAUGGAGGCAACUAUGGACCAUAAUGAGUGGAUCACAGAUGGUAACCCGAACUUUCCUUGGAUGAAUCUCUCUCUGCCAUCUUUUGGUGGUGAGAAGCACACGUCAUCUGAGCUGCUUCACACUGAAGAAUCCAACCACCCAAAUGCAGAACCUCAAUCAGUUCAAGUCAAACAAAUCGAUGGAUGGGAUUUUGAAGAAAACGUGAAAACCAAAAGCGUCAAUGUGACGUUCCGCGUCCACUAUCUGACCCGUUCACCGUUCCAGAUAUUGGCUGUAACAGGGAACCGGCUGGAGCUUGGGAGCUGGAAGGAGUUCAUCCCUCUCGAGAGCGCCAAGGAUGGAUACUGGAUGGGCGUGGUGAGGCUUCCUGCUGAGCACCAUGUGCAGUGGAAGUUUGUGGUAGUGGAAAAGGGGGCGGUGUGUCGCUGGGAAGAAUGUGGCAACCGGCUGCUCAAUACGGAUGUGGCGAAGACCUGCUCGUGCACAAAUUGUGGGGAUUUCUGUGAGAAGGGAUGGGGAAAUGAUCACCAGGCUUGUUUUUAUCUUGGCACUAAGUUAGAACUACUACAUUACAUUGAAAUGGUAACUGUGUAUGUUUUUAUUGCAAAAUAAUGAAAAAAAAUGUUUAAAAAUAUUAUACAAUGUUUUUAAAUUUGGGGAUUGGUCACAACAAUUGUGGAAGCAUACUCCCUUGGAUGUCUGCUGAAUCAGUUGUUGUCAGGGUAAUGAGUGGGUCUUCGAAGGGUCUGGGUGGUGUCACACAUACUUCACAAUGUUGCGUUUGAAUAAGAUAACAUUUUCACGCAAAUAGGCUUCAGAAUAUUUAAGUUUACACCAUUUUGAUUUUUGACUUUCAAAUGUUUCAUCAUGCACUGUCCAACAAGGUAAUGUUAUUGUACUGCAUUUGUCUUUCUGUACAAAUUAGCCACUCCCCACCUCCUCUUCCUCCCCCCCAUUUGCCCAUGUUUUUUUCGCAUCCACAUUGUGUUCUCAACAUUUCUGCAAAAGUGUAGUAGAUUUGCUCAGCUAAAGUAUGAUUGUACAAGGACUUUGCUGUUCUCAUGGAGGCAAGACUAUUUUCUAACAUGGGUUUGUCCCCCCCCCCCCCAAAAAAAAAAUGUAAAUGAUCAAGGUUAUUUAUAGUAGUCUCAUGCAAAGGAAGUAUCUGUGAAUUAUGCAAUUAACUUUUUUUUUUCAUGUGCAAGUUUAAUUUGCAAGAGUUGUUUAUACUGCUGGAAUGUGUCCAGUAUGGGAUUGAACAAAAAGCAGAACAGUUUUAUACUACCAUGGUGAUAAAAGCAAUAACCAGUGUGCAUCAAAAAACAGCGAUUUGUAAACUCGAAGUGUGAUGCUGAUUUUUGACCGAAUGCAUGCCCCAUCGUUGUAAACUAGUGCCUUGUUUAACAUGUUUUUUGUUGUUGUUGUUUUUCCCCACGAGUGAUUUCUUUUUUUUUUUUUUUUUUUUAAAUGUAUUCAUUCUAAAUAUGCAAUUUUGUGAUGUUACUACUGGAUGUACAUAACUUUUCAUCAAUGGGAAAUUUCACUCAAUGCAUUUAUUAAAGGCCAGUUCUUUGAAGU